AUGGCCUACUACAACUCAAACCCCGAUGCUCUCCCAGCGUAAGCAAGUUUCUCGCAGCUCUUUUCUAUACCGGACACCAUUCUGCCCUUCUAUUUGUUCACUUCUUUGAUAUGGGAGGCCCACUAACACUCUCUACAUCAUUUCCACAGCCAUGCAGAACCGGAGCAAGUAAGUUCCAACCCCCAUCUACCCACCACCACCACUUUUACUCCAUCUUCCGACCAACAACUUGCUCACGUUACCUUUAAUAGGCCGCACAAAUGAUGAGCGGUGGGUACGACAACCGCCCCCCUCCGAGCCGCCCACCUCCAGCGGGAGCAAAUUACGGAGGUGGUGGCGGUGCGAAGCCAAUGUCCCCCCGCCCAGACCCGUACCGGCAGCAACAGGGGUUCCCGCAGGGACAGCAGGGGUACAGUCAGCCUCCGCCCGGGCGACCCCAGCAGUUCCAAUCCCCACCUCCGGGACAGUUCGGCAGUCCUCCGUCCGGACACCUCGGGCAGCGACCUCCGCCAGCUUCAAGACCUCCGCCUACUCCCGCCCCACCACAGGGGGUCGACCCGACGUUGUUCCCGCUAUUUAAGGCUGUGGAUAAGGAUGGUUGGUUACUGCUUCCCCCGUAUCCCUAAUACUCGCCUGCGUUUUGGGCUCACAACGGGAUUUUGAAUGUAGGCAGUGGACAACUUAGUGAGAAGGAGCUUCGAGCAGCACUCGUCAAUGGGGACUGGACUUCCUUUGAUCCUCAUACUGUUCGUAUGAUGAUUAGGUUACAAUUCUUUCCCCCUCCCGACGAGUUGUCUGCGGUUUAUAUUGACAGCACAUCCACAGGAUGUUCGACACUGACCGUUCCGGUACAAUCGGCUUCAAUGAAUUCUGGUAGAUCCCCAUUUCUCCCCCAAUACAUACAAACUACUAACACACCCCGCAGCGGUCUCUGGGGCUUCUUAGCCGCCUGGCGCUCCCUCUUCGACCGCUUCGACGAAGACGGCAGUGGCAAUAUCAGCAUCCAAGAAUUCUCCAACGCUCUAACCGGUAUACUUUUUUCUUCACCCUUAUACAUCUCUCUCAUUUCUCUUACAUAUUACCAACCUCUAAACAUGUUCCUCACGAAUAGCGUUCGGCUACCGUCUUUCACCACAGUUCGUGCAACUACUUUUUAGGUCAUAUGACCGAAGAGGUCAGGAUUCCUCGCCUCAAACUGCUGUCCAACAAGGUGGGGACGGUUGCUCCCUGAUUUAUGUGAGACUAACGUGCAGGAGCUAAAGGGCAAGAGGCCAUCUCUUUCGACUUGUUCGUGCAGAGCUGUAUCAGUCUUAAGCGCAUGACGGAAGUAUUCAAGAAGUACGACGACGAUCGAGAUGGGUAGGCUUCCUCCUUCCUUGCCCAAAUGUCUCACAGAGUAGCUAACCCAGAGUAAUAGAUACAUCACCUUGAGCUUGUAAGCCCCACACUUCCCCACCCCCCGCCUUCAGCUCCAAGCCGAUACGCUAACGCGCUUUCCCAACCCUCCAGCGAAGAAUUCCUAACCGGUAUGUGCUUCACCCUCCCCGACAUAGUUGAAUAAUUUAUUCCCUCCCUACACACCCACCUACCCACGAUACAACAAUUAUAACAAUGACUUAUAACUUGGGAUAUAAUAAUAAUUUCAAAACAUGUACAGAAAUCCUCCGGCAACGUUGAUAUACCUAUCGAUCAGAUUAAUCCCCCUCACUUCCUCCCUCAGGCCAAAAAAUAUAUAUAUAUAUAAAAAUCGAGUCAGUCAACAAGA